CCAUUAAUUAAUAUUGUAAUUAUCAACAUGUAUAUAUAUAUAUAGUUCACACUAUAUAGGAUUCUCCAAAUCUAUCACCCCAUAUAUAUACAUAUAUCCUUCACUUCACUUCACCAUUAUUUUCCCUCUGACAUUUUUUAGUGAAAAAAAAAAAAUAACUCAACAAAAAAGAAAAAUGAAAAUCAUGUUUUCUCUAUUUUUUCUUCUUUUCAUGUUGAGCAAUAAUGUACAUGGGAAGUUGAUGAAUGAUGUGAACCAAUUGGAAAUCAACGGCUGUGAUUUGUUUCAAGGGAGAUGGAUUUAUGGUAAUGAUGAUGAUUAUCCACUUUAUGAUUCAUCUAUUUGUCCAUUUAUUGAAAAACAAUUUGAUUGUUUAAAGAAUGGAAGGCCAGAUGCAGAUUAUCUCAAAUAUAGAUGGCAACCCAAUGAGUGCAAUUUACCCAGGUUUAAUGCCAUAGAAUUUCAAAACAAAUUAAGGGGGAAGCAAAUGAUGUUUGUAGGAGAUUCAAUAAGCCUAAAUCAAUGGCAAUCGCUAACUUGUAUGCUUCAUGCUGCUGAUCCACAAGCCAAAUAUAUCUCCAAAAGGAUUGGAGGCACUUCUAUCUUCACUUUCCCGAAGUACAACACGUCGUAUCUGAUGUACAGAAAUGCUUUUCUGGUAGACAUUACAAUGCAGAACAAUGGGACUAGAGUUUUAGAGCUUGAUUCUCUCAGUUCAGCAGAUCAAUGGAAACAAAUGGAUGUUCUCAUCUUUGAUUCUUGGCAUUGGUGGCUUCACACUGGCAGAAAACAACCUUGGGAUCUUGUGCAAGAUGGAAACUCUACAUACGUAGAUGCACCUCGAUUAGCCCUAUAUGAGAAAGCACUAACCACUUGGGCAAAAUGGGUAGAUUCUGAAGUAGACACGACAAAAACAAAAAUAUUUUUCCAAGGAGUUUCUCCUGACCAUGACAACCACGGGAGCUCGGGUUCAAACACGUGUCAAGGCGUAACGCAACCGUUGGCGAGUACAGAAAGAGUUCAUGAAGAAGAAUUGGUACUGGAGAAAGUAUUAAAAGGGAUGGAUAAGUCAGUUUAUUUAUUGAACAUAACUAAGUUGUCGCAGUAUAGAGCAGAUGGUCAUCCUUCAGUUUUUGGGCAUGGUGGACAUAGGGAUUUGGAUUGUACACAUUGGUGUUUGGCUGGUGUUGUUGAUACUUGGAAUUUACUCUUAAGUGCACUUCUUGGCUAAUUAAUUUAAAAAAAUUAUCAAUAACCUUUUGGUUAUUCCAUUUUCAUAUCUAGUGAUGAUCUUGUAUUAAUGUCUUCAUCAUAUAUUGACUAUAGAAGAAAAGGAGGAGCAAUAUUUUUUGGCAUACAAAUGAAACAUUUAUUUAUAUUUUGGCUAUUUUUAAUUUAAGCGGUUGGAUGGAUGUUAUUUAAGUUAAUAA